AUCACUGUUCAUCGUAAUUCGCGGUUGUUCGCGAUGAUGGUGUGUUGUGGAUAAUUUUAUUAUGACUGACUCAUUUCUUAGGUAGCACCACAAAUUAACUGAACAUCACUGAAAAAUGACGUUAUAUCAUUUCGGGAACUGUUUGGCUUUAGUAUAUGUACCAUACUACUUGACUUACAAGUAUUCCGGUCUAUCGGAAUACGGCGCAUUUUGGAAAUGCAUUCAAGCGGGUGGCAUUUACAUUUUUACACAGCUUGUAAAAAUGCUGGCUCUUGCCACAUUUUUUCCAACGGCUGACAAUGUUGGAGAAGAAGGUUUUGAUAUAUUUGGGGAAUUCUUAAAGUCUUCCAUCGAUCUGGCAGACUUGGUAGGAAUUUUGUUGGUACUAAACGGUAUUCCUGGCAAAGGCCACGCCAAAGUCCUGACUGCUGGUAUAGGAUGGGCAGGGGCAGAAGUUUUGCUUACAAGAUUCCUGUUACUUUGGGUUGGUGCACGUGGUGCAGAAUUUGAUUGGAAAUAUAUCCAGAAGAGUCUUGAAUCAAAUAUCAACUUGGUACAACAUAUAACAACCGCAACGUUGGUUUGGUUGUGGUCCAGACACGACUUACGACGUGGCUUAGUUCCUAUAGUGAUCGGUAUGCUUCUGCUUACAGUGUACAGACCGCUUAUAUUAGACUUUCUUUCAUCCUUUUUAUUAGCUGGUCCAUGGUUGACGCUUAUUAUUAAGGCAGUCACGACUUUCUUCAUGGGUGCAAUGACAUUACAUAUUUAUGCGGGUCUCGCACAUUCAAUUGGAAUUUUCUGAACGGCAUAUUUGUAUAUAUUUAUGUACAAAUUAUCGAUGUACAGUUGCGUUAAAAAUAUAUAUUUCCCAUUCCAUUUUCCAA